CACUACAAAAUACUUAAUGCAGAUUUGGGAAAGAAAUCCUUUUAAAAUCUGUAACUUGUGGAAUCGAAAUCCAUUACGAUGGCUUCAACAUCGAAAGACAAUGUUCCAAACAAAAGUAAGGCGAAGGACGCUGAAGGAGAUGACCUAGAACCUGGAGCGUGUCAAGAGAGUGUUUUGAACCCUUCAGACUCCUUUGAGGAGUUCGCUAAUGAGAUGAGCUCGAGUCUCCUAGACAGAAACAAUCUUAAGGCCACUCCGAGUACUAUAAGCGAGAUACAGAGUGAAAUCGGAGAUAGUUCUAAGGAUUUGAAAACUGCGAAGUCCAGUGAUGAUUUGCAGAGUAAAGACGAGACAAUGUCUGGUUCAGCAAGCAGCUCAAAUCUGUGUGAGCAGAAUGGAGAUGAUUCAGAUGACGAGAAAGAUGACUAUUUGCAGUCACCGGAGCUUGUCAACAAGGAGAAGCACGUGUUCAUAUUGAGUUCUGCAGGAAAACCUAUUUAUUCAAGAUACGGCAAUGAAGAUAAACUAGCAGGGGUGUGUGGUGUGAUUCAAGCUCUUGUCAGUGUAGUAGAGGACCAGAAUCAAGAUAUACUCCGGUCUAUUACAACUAAAGACUGCAAAGCAGUGUUCUUGGUCAAAGGUCCACUUAUACUGGUUGCUGUAUCUAAGUCUAAUGAAAGUGAAACACAGCUGGUUUUGCAGUUAACGUACGCAUUCAAUCAGAUUGUAUCUGUUUUGACUUUGACGCAAUUGAACCGGAUAUUCGAACAACGACGCAAUUACGACCUGCGGAGGUUACUUAGUGGAGCUGAAAGGUUGAUAGACCAUCUUCUCAUAUUUAUGGAGAAGGACCCAGCGUUUUUAUUAGGCGCUGUAAGGUGUCUACCGUUACCUGAGAAAGCAAGGGAAAACAUAACAAGUGCUAUAAUAUCAACAUGUCACAAAAUAAGAGAUCUCGUAUUCGCCAUACUCAUAGCUGGCAAUCAAUUGAUAACACUAGUGCGAAUGAAGAAGUAUACAUUACAUCCUUCUGAUAUACAUUUGUUGUUCAACUUGGUGCGAAGUUCGGAAUCUUUCAAAACAGCUGAAAGUUGGACGCCGAUUUGUUUGCCCAAGUUUGAUGCUACAGGAUUCCUACAUGGUCACGUCUCAUACAUAUCUGAAGACUGCCAAGCCUGUUUACUACUUCUAACAGUACAAAGAGACGCCUUCUUUCCUCUUUCGCAAGCCAAACACACCAUUGCUGAGAAACUAAGGAGAUCAAAUUGCCUAGUCGCUAUCAAUGACGCAUUAAACAGAAAAGAAGAAUUGCCUACGACGAAUCCUUUGAAACACAUCGGGAUAUCUGAGAUACGUCACUUUAUGUACAAGUGUAAAUCGACUGCGCAGUUGUUUACUUCAGAUCCUAUUAGCUUGGAUAGAUUACAGGAUUAUAGAAUAAGACAUAAAGAAGGCGGCGACAUAAGGGAAGAGAGAAUAGAGAAAAUGUCGGACACAGACUACAUUAAGCACUACAGAAAAUUUUGCAAUCAAAUUCAUUGUACGUCGACACCAGCUAAACUAAUUUUUAGAUCAAACGCUCAUGAUACGGUUUUGGCUUGGGUAACAAACGGUUUCGAACUAUACGUAACAUUUGAUCCUCUGAUGGAGAAAGAUCAAGCGAUAAAAGCAGUCGACCGCCUUCUUCGGUGGAUUAAGAAGGAAGAACAGAGAAUAUUCAUCAUGAACGCUCCUACGUUCUAGCAGAGGUUUUCGGCUUUUGGCAUUAUGAGGAACACUGUGAGACACUCAGUGGAAGAAGUGGAGUGUUUGUAAAGAUUGUUUUAUUAAAUAACUGUUCGGUUAAUAAAGCAUAACAGGUUCUUCAACACGUCGUGUUGCCGGUAGAGUAUCGUAUAAUAAAACAAGUAUGGUAACUAUACAAACGUAGCAGCGCGCCGUGUACGGGCGCACAUAUUUGCAUAAUCUUCCCAUACACUUGCGUUGCAUAACACUGGUCAUCCCAACGCGCCUUUCAUUAUUAUGCUAAUGUGUGCGUUUUUUACUUCAUACGGAGUUUCCGUACUUCUUUUAUUUUACAUUGGUAGUAGUUAGUUCUUAAAAGUUCCUUAAUAUGGCGUUCGAAACACCAAUUAUUAACAGUAUUUUAUGCUGACACUUGUUUUGUCUCUUUCACGCUUUAAACUUUGUAAUAGCUAUUCCGCCACGUGCUCCUCCUUCCAAUAGCUAGUUGUGGAACGGUGUGGGAUGAGUUUGCGAUCUCAACCAAUAGCAGAGGUCCCGUGAUUUGUAGUCCGCGCCAUUGGUUAAUAUUUUAGGAGAACUAAAUCACGUGAGUAACGUCUGAUUGGGCGAAAAUGUGCGCGUGCUGCAGCCUAUGCGCGGUGUGCGUCUUUGAAAAGUUAUACACACAAUGAACUCAUAAAAUAGAGAUUAUUUUUAUACAAAAACAUAUAUAAAGUUUAUUAAAUUGAAAUUUCAACGUGUAAAGACUGACAUGUUAAAUAAUAAUAUCGAAUUAUAGUGGAGAUAGCAAUAGCUUUCGAACAUCUCGGC